UCGUUCUGCUAAAAAAAAAAGGAGCGCCCUCAAUAGUGCGCGUGCGGAGAAAUCAACAUGGCAGCGCGCAUUGUGAAGGUUGCAAAGACAGUACGGAACCACUGGAAAAAAUCAACAGCGGCUGUAAUCCUUGCAGGAUGGGGAGUUUACUUUGUACAAGACAGAUAUAGGGCUAACCUUUUGAGAGAAGAGUUCUGCCGGAGAGCAAUUAUUUAUGGCCAGGAGACCAUCAAGUAUGCAACAGAAAAACCCAGGAAAGUUACAGUGAUCUUAAACCCAGCAGCCAAAAAUGGGAAGGCAAAGAAGCUGUUUGACAAGAAUGCAGCCCCCCUGCUCCAUCUUGCUGGCAUUGACAUGGAAAUUGUAAAGACUGAAAGUGAAGGAAACGCAAAAGAGAAAGCUGCUUACUUGGAAGCCACUGAUGCAGUCGUGGUUGCCGGUGGCGACGGUACAGUAGGAGAAGUCAUCACCGGGCUGCUGCGCAGAGAAGAUGAAGCCUCUAUCAGUGUACGGUGGCCUCUGGGGAUCAUCCCAGUCGGCACCACAAACAGCUUGGCCCGGUUCUUGUAUGCCAAUGCCGAAUCCGAUGUGAGGUGGAUGGGCAAUGCAGCUCUGGCAGUCAUCCGAGGUCUGACGGAACCUGUGGAUGUCAUGGCAAUACAGGGUGAAGACGGAAGGAAGGUAUUCACAGUCAACAAUCUGGAAUGGGGACCACUUCAAGAAGCCAGGCAACGCAGCACAAAGUACUGGUACUUUGGCUCUUUGAAAUGGAAGUUAACUUAUGUUUUUGCAACUCUGAAAAAUGCGUGGCCGCCCGUGUUGAAAGCCAACAUCAAACACAGGCCGGCCUUUGAAGUACCAGAGCCAGAGGUGGUGGUCAGAAAUGCUGGCAUCGACUGGUGGGCGUGGCUGCAGAGGCUGAUGAUCUGGAGGAACAGCCCAAAAGAGAGCAAAGAAUCAGAGGCCAACACGGAUGAUGAAGGAACCGAAGCAGAGAAGGAGAUCAAAUGGACUGAGGAUGACAUUGUUACCACUGAGCUAGUGGUUGCCACCGGCAACAGGGAUGUAGUCAAAAUGUCACCUAGAGGCCUGAGGCUAACGAAAGGACCAGCUGAACUGUCACGGACAGAGUACAUCAGAGAAGGAUGGAGAAGGACUGAUUCAAGUCAAGAAGGUGCAAGUGGACGGUACAAAACCCAGACAGAAGAGGUCGGGGAAGUUAAGAUCACACCAGUAUUAAAGGAGGGUGUGGAGGCAUGGUACAGUGUGGACAAUGAUAGACUAGAGGCUCAGCCAAUCACAGUGCAGAUACUUCCUAAAAAAUUACAAUUCUUCACAGACAGGCAAGAUAGGGACAGUGUGAUUGGUGGGCCACAAAGGACAUGAUUACUCCCUGGUUCUUUUGUCAGCCAAUGAAAUUUGUCCGUUUUCACAGGAUUUGCUUAUUUUUCUUUGCGAGUGAGAGGCAUUUUGACUGAUGGCAUCAUGAACAACAUGGCAAUGAAUAGCUGGGCCAUAAUCCAGAAGACGGACAAGCAAAAGAGAAAAAGGAAUUGAAAAGGAUUUCAACUUUACUAAUGAAGGAAUUUGCUAUUUCAUGGAGCAAAAUGACAGAAGUUGAGCUUCCAAUGUUCCAUUUAACAAGAUAUUUAAACGGUCAACAGAAACCUUAUGUCAACAUAAGUACACCCAGGAAGUAAAAUAAAACAAAAAUGAGUGUUUUGAGCACAACAAAGUGCUUUUAUUUUGUUCCAAAGCAAGUUACAGGAAGAAAAACGAUUUUGUCACGAUGUCAUGGUGUGUAAUAAAAUUUCACAACUAGCAAAGAAA